CAGCAGCGGGGGCAUGGGGGUCAUCGUCAACGGCAACAUCAUGGAUGCUUUCACUACGCUCGCCAACAUGAGCGCCGGCCACAACCUCAGCGGCGGAGUCGUCAGCGCCCACGUUGGGGGGGCGUUUGCCGUGGUCGGCAGGACCCACUCGUCCCUCUCGCCCCCCACGCUCAGCCCGUCCAUCCCGCCGUUCGUGAAGCUGGGCCUGACGGUGGCCUACACGGCCUUCUACUCGCUGCUCUUCGCCUUCGUCUACGCGCAGCUCUGGCUGGUGCUGCGCUACCGGCACAAGCGCUUCAGCUACCAGACGGCGUUCCUCUUCCUGUGUCUGCUGUGGGCCGCGCUGCGCGCCGUGCUCUUCUCCUUCUACUUCCGCGACUGCGUCACGGCCAACGCGCUCGGGCCCUUCGCCUUCUGGCUGCUCUACUGCUGCCCCGUCUGCCUGCAGUUCUUCACGCUCAGCCUCAUGAACCUGUACUGUGCACAGGUCUUCUUCAAGGCCAAGUCCAAGUUCUCCCCUCAGCUGCUCAAGUACAAGAGGCCCCUCUACCUGCUCUUCGUCUUCAUGAGCCUGCUCUUCCUGCUGGUGAACCUGACGUGCGCGCUCCUGGUGAAGAUGACGGACACGCAGGUGAAGACCAUCGUGCUGGUGCGGGUCACCAUCAAUGACACGCUCUUCGUCCUCUGCGCCAUCUCCCUCUCCGUGUGCCUCUACAAGGUGGCUAAGAUGUCCCUCGCCAGCAUCUACCUGGAGUCAAAGGGAACGUCAGUGUGUCAGGUGACUCUGAUAGGGAUCAUGGUGGUCCUCUUGUACGCGUCCAGGGCAUGCUACAACCUGGUGGUCCUGGCCCUGACCGACAUAGAGAGCAUCAACUCCUUUGAUUACGAUUGGUACAAUGUGUCAGACCAGGCAGACCUGAGGUCCACGUUAGGGGAUGCGGGCUACAUCGUGUUCGGGGUGAUCCUGUUCGUCUGGGAGCUGCUGCCCACCUCUCUAGUAGUCUAUUACUUCAGGGUCCGCAAACCCACCCAGGACAAGAGUAGUCACUCGUCCAUUCCUAGCCACGCGUUCUCCAACAGACGCUACUUCUUCGACAACCCCAGACGCUACGACAGCGACGACGACCUGGCAUGGAGCAUCCUACCCCAGAGCACCUCUACCAGCAUGUCCACAGACUGCUAUGACUGGAGCAGCCGCGGCAGCAGCAGUUUCCUGGUGAACGUCGUGAGCGAGGAGCGACGGUCGUCCGCUUCAGCCGGCCAGUUCAACCCUUAGCGACUGUCGAGUGUCAUUGUCGCUCAGCGCUGAGAUGAGACCUCGACACGUUGC